AUGUCUUCUUCAGAAGAGGAGUUUGAGAGUUUGAUAGCGACGCGCGAGCGGCGGUCGAACGCGGGCUCGCGGCUGAAGAAGCUGCUGGAGGCCGAAGAGGACGAGGUGCUGGGCGACGAGGAUGAGAACGUGAAGCUGUUGUUUGCAGAGGAGGGCGAGGACCACGAGUGGAGUGAAGAGGAGGACAGUGGGGACGAGAGUGGAGAAGAGGAGGAGAGCGAGCAGACCCAGGACCAGGUGGACCAGGCGGACGAGUCAGAUCAGUCAGACGCCGCGGAGAACGCCGACUCGGACGAGAUGUUGUCGUCGUCGGAGGUUUCUGCUUCAGACACAGACGAAAGCGAGGGAGAGCGCGAAUUGCAACAGCAGCAGAAACGCCAGAAGCGCAAGAAGAAGCUGGACAUUCCUGUGAUCCGCAAGAGAACCACAGCCAAGCCCGUGGCGAAGAAACGGCGGGUCGAGGUGGAGUCUGGCGACCGCAGACUGUCGACUCGUAAAACUACCGUGGAAAAUACACAGGCAACGCACGAAAAGCUCGUGCAGAUGAAACAGAAACAGGCCACCACCAAAGUGAAGGUGCGCGAGGAGUAUGUGGAGAAGACGUUGGAGGAGAACCUCGAGGAGGCCAAGGAGACAGAGGAGAUGAACACGAUUUCGCUGAAUUUGUUCUUCCAGCAGGAGGUGGAGAAGAAGAAGAAACAGCGCGACCUAAUGAACAGCAAGCGGUUCCGGCUGAUGGAGUACAUGACGUUCCAGAGUUUUGGGCGGUACGUGACGCCGCAGGACGAGAUCGACGAGAUGCAGCGGGCAAAGGAGCGCGAGGAGUAUGCGCGCAGGACGACGAAACGAAGGGGCCGUCGGAGAAAGAGCGAGAUCGAGCGCGCGCGGCUCGAGGAGGAGGCGCGGCAGCGCGAGGCCGAGCUGGCCAAGCUCAAGCAGGAGGCGGGCGAGGCCGACAACGAGGAGGCCAUUGCAGAAGAUGGUACAGAGGCAGUGGAGGCAGCGGACAAGACGAUGGAUACGGCUGCGGACGAGAGUGUUGUCAAGGAGGAGCCGCAAGACUCUGUUGUUGCUGCGAACUCUGAGGAGCCAGACUCUGUCCCAAAGCAAGACUCUGAGGUCCAGGAGACUGAAGGGCCCGCUGAGCCUGCUGAGCCUGCUGAGCCUAAGGAACCUGCUGAGCCCCUGGAGGGUCCGCCGCAGCUCGUUGCGGUGUCGUUUCUGGAGUCGCACCUACGCAAGGACAUCACGCGGCUGGAGCUCAAGUCGAUUCUAUUUGGUCCGCAGUCGAUCGUGCCCGGUCCACACAGAGACCCGCACGCACAAACCAUCUACACCAUCAAGCGAGACUUCCAGAAAGAGCUCGACCUCAAAAAACACUUCAACGACCGUCAAGCGGUUUACGAGAAGCUGCUGCAGCUGCCCAAGUUCGGCGAGAAGUACCACGCGGUGGAAAACCUCGACGUGGACAAACAGACGGACGACAACGUGGUGAACAUCACCACUCCUGCUCCGCUUGGGAUCUAUUUGCCGAACGGCGGCAAAAAACAGUGUCCUAUCAACGGCGAGGACGCCAUGUACUACGAUCCGUCGAACGGGGUGCCCUGCUCUGGAUUCCACGGACCCCCCGACCUCGAACACAUAAUCCUGCUGGUCGUGCUCGAACUCGAGCAGUCGCACAUCGUGUUCGGUGGACUCUCCGUCCUUGUCGACCUUGACCUUGAACUCGACCUGGAGGUCGAAAAUGCAUCUAACCUUGCCCUUGCGCUGGGUCACGUCGCAGUCGCCAGUCACGGGCUUGACCUGGAUCACAGCCAGGGUGUGUUCGUCGCUGGCCACGGAAACUUGGGGCAGCCGCUCCUGGAAAAAAAUCUUUUAUUGACCCGCGCCCGAAUUGGCGUCCAGAAAUUUCAACACCCCGUCAAAGAAAUCGGUGCUGCAGAAUUCCGCAAGCAGCUCGUGGCGGCCGUCUUUGAACUCGUGGUACUGUGCGUGUUUGUUGCCGAUCUUUUGGAGACCAUCAAUGAACUUCUGGCUCGCACGACAGUCGUUGAUGUGGUCGUCGUCUCCGUGGAAAAUGGCAACCGGAAGCUCGGUGCUGAUCUGCGAGUAGAAGUCCUGGUGCAAAAGCCGCCGUCCACGCAGAACAAAGUCGCGCGCCUCAACAAGAGUUCCGCGCAACUGGCUCGUCGACUCGCGGUUCAAAAUGUGCUGCUGGAUCUCCGGCAACGUCGACAAGAACUCCACCCGCAACGGGGUCUUGAUACGGAUGUACCGAGCGGGAGGAACGAAAUGACACACCGUCCACCAAAGGGUGAUAUUGGAUUGAUCGGAUUGGCCGUGAUGGGCCAGAAUCUGAUUCUCAAUGCCGCAGACCACGGCUUUACUGUUGUUGCCUACAACAGAACUGUUGAGAAGGUGGAUCACUUCUUGGCCAACGAGGCCAAGGGCAAGUCCAUUCUUGGUGCCCACUCCAUCAAGGAGUUGUGCGAGAAGCUUAAGAGACCUAGAAGAGUUAUCUUGCUUGUGAAGGCCGGAGACCCUGUCGACAGUUUCAUCAACCAACUUUUGCCUUACAUGGAGGAGGGUGACAUUAUCAUCGAUGGUGGUAACUCGCACUUCCCAGACUCCAACAGACGUUUUGCCGAUCUCAAGAAGAAGGGCAUUUUGUUCGUUGGAUCCGGUGUGUCUGGUGGUGAGGAAGGUGCCCGUUACGGUCCUUCGUUGAUGCCAGGUGGUGCUGUCGAGGCAUGGCCACACAUCAAGGACAUUUUCCAGUCCAUUGCUGCCCAGACGGACGGCGAGCCAUGCUGUGACUGGGUUGGAGAUGCCGGAGCCGGCCACUACGUCAAGAUGGUCCACAACGGUAUCGAGUACGGUGACAUGCAAUUGAUUUGCGAGGCCUACGACCUCAUGAAGCGUGUUGGUGGCUUCACCGACAAGGAGAUCUCCGACGUCUUUGCCAAGUGGAACAAGGGAGUUUUGGACUCGUUCUUGGUCGAGAUCACCAGAGACAUUCUCGCUUUCAACGACGACGACGGAACCCCAUUGGUGGAGAAGAUUUUGGACUCUGCUGGCCAAAAGGGUACCGGUAAGUGGACCGCCAUCAACGCCCUCGACUUGGGUAUGCCAGUCACCUUGAUUGGUGAGGCCGUGUUCGCUAGAUGUCUUUCUGCUUUGAAGGAGGAGAGAGGAAGAGCCAGCACCUUGCUUGCCGGCCCAACCGAGGCUCCUAAGCUUGCUGACAAGCAGACUUUCAUCGACGACUUGGAACAGGCUCUUUACGCCUCCAAGAUCAUCUCCUAUGCUCAAGGAUUCAUGUUGAUCAGAGAAGCUGCCAAGGAGUACGGCUGGAAGCUCAAUUUCCCAUCCAUUGCUCUCAUGUGGAGAGGAGGAUGUAUCAUCAGAUCGGUUUUCUUGGGUGAGAUCACCUCUGCUUACAGACAGGACCCAGACUUGGAGAACUUGCUGUUCCACCCAUUCUUCAACAAGGCUAUUGCCAAGGCACAAUCCGGAUGGAGAAAGACUCUCGGACUUGCUAUUGAGGCCGGUAUCCCAACCCCAGCCUUCUCUACUGCUUUGUCCUUCUACGACGGUUACAGAUCCAAGAAGCUGCCAGCUAACUUGUUGCAAGCCCAGAGAGACUACUUCGGAGCCCACACUUUCAAGAUCUUGCCUGAGUUUGCCACCGAGUCUAGAAAGGUUGGUGAUGCCAUUCACAUCAACUGGACCGGAAAGGGUGGUAAUGUUUCUGCUUCCACUUACAACGCCUAA